GCUAUAUACGCCAGAAACUGCCGGAAAAUUCCAUGUACAAUUUUCUGCGUUAAAUCUCCACCUCUGCUUCCUUAUCACACACCCAUGUCUCCCUAUAUCUCUUCCUCUCCCGUUUUCUUUAAUCUUUCCGUCGGUGGAUGAGAUAGGUAGCUCCGUUUCCAAAACCCCUCUCGGAAAACCAUCAGUUGCAGCUUUUACGUUUAUACUUUCUAUUUUCCACAUUGUUUUGUUGUAGCUCAGUUGCUUGAGCUAUUGCUUCUUUUUCCUCGGAACCUUUACUCUCCCUUGUUCAAUACAUAAAAGCUCUUGAGACUCUGUUUUGCUAUCUGGGAAUAAACUUUUUGAGUAUUGGUGUACUGAUAAGGUUCCAACACAGGUUGAAAAUGGCACCCAGAAACAGUCGUGGAAAGGCGAAAGGAGAGAAGAAGAAGAAAGAAGAGAAGGUUCUUCCAGUUGUUGUGGAUAUCACUGUAAACCUCCCAGAUGAAACUUGUGUCAUUUUACGGGGAAUAUCAACGGAUAGGAUAAUCGAUGUUCGUCGACUUUUAUCGGUAAAUACCGAGACGUGUAACAUCACCAAUUUUUCAUUAUCGCAUGAGGUAAGAGGGCCACGUUUGAAGGACACAGUGGACGUUUCCGCACUGAAGCCCUGCAUCCUGACUUUGGUGGAAGAGGAGUAUGAUGAAGUGCGCGCGGUGGCGCACGUUAGAAGGUUGCUGGACAUCGUCGCCUGCACGACCAGCUUUGGCUCGUCAUCAACGACCAAGGACGGUUUCAAGUCCGAGGCUAGUAAGAAUGCGCCGGGUGCGCAGGAUAAGGCCGCCGCUAAGAAAUCCACCACCGCCAUACCUGGUGGCAGCAGCAAGGCUCAAGGGACUGCGGUCAAGCAGGACCUGGCAAUGGAGGUGGAAGGAGAUAUAACCCACUCGUGCCCCAAGCUCGGAACCUUCUACGACUUCUUCUCUCUCUCCCAUCUCACUCCUCCUCUACAGUUUAUAAGGAGAGCAAUGAGUCGACAUUUCAAUGAGAUUUCAGCGGAUGAUCAUCUGUUCUCCCUAGACGUGAAGCUUUGCAAUGGGAAGGUGGUUCAUGUGGAAGCUUGCAGAAAGGGAUUCUCUAGCUUUGGAAAGCAGCGAAUCCUUUGUCACAACCUUGUUGAUCUGUUGCGACAACUUAGUAGAGCUUUUGAUAAUGCUUACAAUGAUCUCAUGAAAGCAUUUUCAGAACGUAACAAGUUUGGGAAUCUUCCUUUUGGCUUCAGAGCCAACACAUGGCUGGUUCCUCCUGUUGCAGCACAAUUACCCUCAGUUUUUCCUCCCCUGCCAGUGGAAGAUGAAAGUUGGGGAGGAAAUGGAGGUGGUCUAGGAAUAGAUGGAAAAAGUGAUCUUAUUCCUUGGGCUAAUGAGUUUAUGUUGCUUGCAUCCAUGCCUUGCAAGACGGCAGAGGAAAGGCAGGUUCGAGAUAGGAAGGCAUUCCUUCUGCACAGUCUAUUCGUUGAUGUUGCCAUUUUCAGAGCCAUCAAAGCCAUCCAGCUUGUAAUGGGACAGCCAAUAUUAACUUGUUCAGUUUCUGAUGGUCAAAUUCUCUACAAUGAUAGAGUAGGAGAUUUGAGCACCGUGGUCAUGAAAGAUGCUUCUAAUGCAAGCUGUAAGGUAGAUACUAAAAUUGAUGGAAUUCAAGCAACUGGACUGGAUCAAAAGAAUCUGGUAGAAAGAAACCUAUUGAAAGGGAUCACUGCUGAUGAAAAUACUGCUGCCCAUGACAUUGCCACUCUAGGUGUUGUUAAUGUAAGAUAUUGUGGUUACACCGCUAUAGUAAAAGUUGCACAGAGAGAGAAUGAUGAGGCCAGUAAUCAAUCUCAAAGCAUUGAACUCCUUGAUCAGCCUGAAGGAGGUGCUAAUGCCCUCAAUAUUAAUAGUUUGAGAUUACUUCUUCACAAGACAGCACCUUCAGAGCCCAAUAAACCAGUAUCACAUGUCCAAACUUUGGAGCGUGAAGAGCUUAGUGCUUCCCAAGCUUCUGUAGAGAGACUCUUGGAAGAAAGUCUUGCUAAGCUUGAGGAAGAGGAACUAGGAUCGGACCAUGUUGUGCGGUGGGAACUUGGAGCCUGCUGGAUACAACAUUUGCGAGACCAAAAAAAUACAGAAAAAGAUAAGAAGCCAUCUGGUGUAAAGAAGGAAAUGAAGGUCGAGGGGCUUGGGACAAAUCUCAGAUACCUUAAGAACAAGAAGAAGAAAUCAGAUGGAAGCAAUAUGAAAGUGCAGCCUGAAAACUCAAUAUCCCAUCCAGAAGGUGUUAUUGGGGAAGCUAAAAGUUCUAUUUUGCCUCUGAUAGAAUCUCAGCUUGAAAGUGAUGUGAAAGAAAACGAGCUUACAAUGAAGAGGAUGUUGUCCGAAACAGCCUUUGCUCGACUAAAAGAAUCAGAGACUGGUCUUCAUUGCAAGUCUUUGCCAGAACUAAUUGACUUGUCUCGGAAAUAUUACACUGAAGUUGCUCUUCCUAAACUGGUAGCAGAUUUUGGCUCACUGGAACUCUCGCCAGUUGAUGGCCGGACUCUUACUGAUUUCAUGCAUACCAGAGGUCUUCGAAUGCGUUCUUUGGGAUAUGUAGUCAAGCUUUCAGAAAAGCUGCCACAUGUCCAGUCACUCUGUAUUCAUGAGAUGAUUGUGCGAGCAUUUAAGCACAUUCUUCAGGCAGUGAUUGCUGUUGUUGACAACACGGAGAAAAUAGCAGUAUUAAUAGCUGCUGCAUUGAAUAUGAUGCUUGGGGUUCCAGGAAAUGAGGAAUCAAAUAGAUUUUGCAACGCCCAUUCCCUUGUGUGGAGGUGGCUGGAGGUCUUCUUGAGGAAGCGAUAUGAAUGGGAUCUUAGUAGCUUGAACCACAAAGAUGUUAGAAAAUUUGCGAUUCUACGUGGACUAUGUCAUAAGGUUGGUAUAGAGCUGGUUCCAAGGGAUUUUGACAUGGACUCUCCACAACCGUUUCGGAAAUCAGAUGUCGUCGGUUUGGUCCCAGUGCAUAAGCAAGCAGCCUGUUCAUCAGCAGAUGGGAGGCAACUCCUAGAAUCGUCGAAAACAGCUUUAGAUAAGGGAAAACUUGAGGAUGCAGUUGUCUAUGGGACAAAGGCUCUUGCGAAGCUGGUAGCAGUUUGUGGUCCCUACCAUCGGAUGACAGCAGGAGCUUACAGCCUCCUUGCCGUUGUUUUAUAUCACACUGGAGAUUUUAAUCAGGCCACAGUUUAUCAACAGAAAGCUUUGGACAUCAAUGAGAGAGAGCUGGGUCUUGAUCAUCCAGAUACAAUGAAGAGUUAUGGGGAUCUUGCUGUAUUCUAUUACAGACUUCAACACACGGAGCUGGCUCUCAAGUAUGUAAAGCGAGCAUUGUAUCUUCUGCAUCUCACGUGCGGUCCAUCUCAUCCAAACACUGCUGCAACAUACAUCAAUGUGGCUAUGAUGGAGGAAGGCCUCGGGAAUGUGCAUGUUGCCCUCAGAUAUCUCCACAAAGCUCUGAAGUGUAACCAAAGGCUACUUGGCCCAGACCAUAUUCAGACAGCAGCAAGUUACCAUGCAAUUGCAAUAGCACUGUCAUUGAUGGAAGCAUAUCCUUUAAGUGUUCAGCACGAGCAAACAACCUUGCAAAUUCUACGAGCAAAGCUUGGCCCAGAUGACCUGCGUACUCAGGAUGCUGCUGCUUGGCUUGAGUACUUUGAGUCCAAGGCUCUUGAACAGCAAGAAGCUGCACGGAAUGGUACUCGAAAGCCGGAUGCAUCCAUAGCCAGCAAAGGCCACCUAAGUGUCUCAGAUUUGCUUGACUACAUCAAUCUAAAUGAGGACACCAAAGGGAGAGAUGGGGCAGUGAAGAGGAGAAGCUAUAUUACAAAGGCGAAGGGAAAAUCUUAUCAAAAUAUAAGCCUAGCAGGUUCUGAUGAAUCUCCAAAAGAAACCCCAAAAGAGGUUUCAAAAGAGGUUUCAGAUGAAGAGACACCUAUGCUUGAAACAGAAGGUAGUGCAGAUGAUAACCAAGAGAAUAGCUCCAGACUUGUUGAGUCCCAAAAUUCUGUUGUGCAAAAGAAUGAAGAGGAAAAUCCAAAUAUAGCAGAUGAAAUAUUUUCCGAAAUGCAUGCUGAAGCAGAGGAUGGAUGGCAACCAGUUCAAAGGCCAAGAUCGGCUGGCUCACAUGUUCGGCGACUGAAGCAGCGCCGUGCCACUAUUGGUAGGGUCUAUAGUUAUCAGAAAAAAAAUGUGGAUACUGAUAUGGAGUAUUUUCCAUUUAAGAAUACUCAAAAGAAUACUAAGUAUUACCUAUUAAAGAAACGGACAAUUUCUCAUGGGAGUUAUACAGAUCACCAAGUGGUGAACCCUGCCCAAGCUACCAAAUUUGGACGGAGAAUAGUGAAAGCUGUAACAUACCGGGUCAAGUCAAUUCCUUCAUCUACCAAAAGUAUUACAACAAAUGCCCCUAGAAAUAGUGGGCAUCUAGUAGGUUCUCCAUUACCUUGUCCGACUUCUGCACAAAGUGAUGUUGGUCCAGUGAAAAAUUCAAUUGUAGGUCUUGGAAAAUCUCCUUCCUACAAGGAAGUUGCAUUGGCCCCACCAGGCACCAUUGCUAAAUUUCAGGUCUGGGUGCCUCCAAGUGAUUUUUCAGAUAACCAGGAACAUGGCUUUGGAAAACACGAAGAGGGAAUUAAUGAAGUAAAAGAAGAGGGAAUUAAUGAAGUAAAAGGAAACGAUGAGCUCAUCCAAAUGGGGGUCGAAAGUAUAUCAGAAGAGAAUAAGAAUUCUAUAUUGAAUUCUACAGAUCAUUUGAAAGAGGAAAUAGGAAUUGUUGAGAAAAAGGAAGACACUCAGUUAACUGAUACAAUCGAAAAUAACCCUUCUUUAAAAGCAUCUGAUAUUGUGGAAGGACUUGAAUCUGGUAGUGUUGAGGUUCAAGAUGUGGUAGAGGCUAGCAUAUUGAUUGAUGGCGUGCCAGACUCUAUUGGUUCACCGAAAAGGGAUGUGAGUGGGAAGGAUUCAUCUAUCAGUUCUGAAAUCCAUCGAAGUUCAAAGUCAAUAUUGCAAGCAGUAGAGGAUUUGAAGGAGAAACCCUUGAUUCCGAAUUCAAGUGAUUUUCGAGGAUUUCCGAAUAAGAAGUUGUCUGCAUCAGCAACUCCAUUCAAUCCCUCGCCAGUCAUUGCACGUCCUACGCCACUUGCCAUGAAUAUUACUCUUCCUUCGGGUCCUGGUGCUGUUCCAGCUAUUGCACCUUGGCCAGUAAACAUGAAUGUUCACCCUGGGCCUGCAACUGUCCUACCCACAGUUAGUCCUAUCUGCUCCUCCCCUCACCACCCAUACCCAUCACCUCCACCAACCCCAAACAUGAUGCAGGCAUUGCCCUUUCUGUAUCCUCCCUAUACUCAAAACCAAGCAGUUCCAACCAGCACGUUUCCUGUAACGAGUAGUACCUUUCAUCCCACUCAUUUCACAUGGCAGUGUAAUGUGAACCCAACUGUAUCAGAGUUUGUUCCAGGUACGGUUUGGCAUGGAUGCCAUCCAGUGUUCUCUGUCCCACCACCUGUUGUUGAGCCAAAUUAUGAUCCUAAGUUGGAGACAAAACUGCAGGCUGAUGAAAGUGGAAGCCCAAGUUCAGCAAUUCUUCCAGUGGAAAUUGACAAUGUAGGGGAGGCUAGGAAAGAAGUGAAUCCUCUACCAUCAGAGGAAAUACAUAUUGCAGAUGAAGUAGCUGAAAUAAGCUUGGAGAAUACAAAGGAAAAUGGUCAUCCAAAUCUGUCUAACGUCGAAAAUGCUCAUAGUGAACCAACUUUGAGCAGUAGCUCAGACGAAAAUGCUGGAAACAAUGAUGAAAGGAAAAGUGAUGGAGAUAGAACUUUUAGUAUUUUGAUCAGGGGGAGAAGAAAUCGAAAGCAGACCCUUCGAAUGCCAAUAAGUUUGCUCAGUCGACCAUAUGGCUCACAGUCUUUUAAAGUUAUUUAUAACAGAGUACUCAGGGGAAGCGAAACCCCAAAGUCUUCCAGCUUUCCUUCAAGAGAUGAUUGUACAGCUAGUGCUACGUAACCCAGUCUUCUCUUCUUUGUACCAGUCAAGCAUAGCAGGAUUGUUGAGAGAAGUAGAAGAUACAGACCUUCAUUUAUGCAACGUGAAAGGGAAAAAGGUGUCUUGGAUUAUCCUGGCUCUUAUAAUCAUGAAGUGCCUCGUCUCAUCGGUUCUUGAUUGCACCACCUUUUGGAAAAAUUCAGAUGUGCUUUUAUUUGAGUUAAAUCUUAAAUCAGCAAAAGGAAAUUGGUGAUGAAGGAACAUAGGAUGGUUUCCCUAUGUUUACAAUGGGGAAUCUGAUGGGACUUUAAUGGGUCAACUUUUGAGGUGACAAUUUUGGUUCUUAUAUAGUUGGGAAAUUUUAACAAAUUGGUCACAACAUCUACGGACUUGGUUUUUUUAAAUUUCCCUCCAUUCCCAUGGGCAAUGAAUUUGAUAUUUAUUUUGGUUCAAUCAUAUAUGACUUUCAUUA